AUGCUAACUAGUAUUCUUGUCGCUUUGUUGCUCAUUUUAAUCAUUUCUUAUGGUUGGCGCAUUCAUCGAGCGUACAGCUUCUUCACUCAUCUUGGAAUUCCUGGACCACCACCACGAUUUGUUUUCGGUAACUUCUUGGAUAUUCUCAAAAGCAAACGCUUUUCUUUAUUGAUUCAACAAUGGACCGAGAAGUAUGGGCGUAUAUUUGGCUAUUUUGAAGGGCAUACACCUAUUCUUGUCAUUGCUGAUCCAGACAUUUUACAAGAUGUAUUCAUCAAAUCGUUCUUUAAAUUUCAUUCGCGUCGCGAUUAUUCAUUUGAUGACCCUAAAUCAAAAAACAUUCAUCUGUUUACUGCCACUAAUCUUCGUUGGAAAAGGCAAAGAUUUGUCAUUAACCCAACAUUUUCAUCGUCAAAACUCAAACAAAUGCCCCCGUUGAUCAAUCGAACUGUCGACAGUCUCAUGGAAAAAUUGACUGAACAACAUCGACACGGCCAAUCAUUUGACAUCUUUAGUUUUUUCAAACGUUUUACAAUGGAUACAAUUUGGUCAUGUGGUUUCGGUAUGGAAACAGACAUGCAGAAUAACCCAAACAGUCCAUACCUUAUCCAGUCACAACGAGUAAUGAGCAAGGAAAAUUGUGUAUCCAAACUGUUAAUUGUGUCUCUUUUCAUACCUGAGCUUAAAUGGCUCUGGAUGAAGUUUCAUCAAUGUGAUUCUGCCAUUCGAUAUUGGCUUCAUCAUUAUCUACCCAUAACUCGAAGAUUUAUAAGUGAUGAUCCACAAAUGUGGAUUAGAAAACAGGCAGAACAAUUGAUCAAACAACGCAUCGAAUUAGGCAGCACAAAUCGAAUGGAUCUGUUGCAAUUUAUGCUUGGAUCAGCUUCCAAGGAUGAUUUCAUUGAAGAUCAAACAGCAAAAUGUACUGCGACUGCUGACACUGACAUCGAACCGCCGCUCAUUCGAAAACUGACAAAAUAUGAAAUUGCAUCAAAUAUCUUUCUCUUUAUGGUUGCUGGCUAUGAAACAGGAAGCACAGCACUUGCUUAUAUGUCUUAUGUGCUUGCGACUCAUCCAAAUGAACAACUCAAAUUGCAAAAUCAUAUCGAUGCUUAUUUCGAUUCGAAUAACGAACAUAGCAUAUCAAACUAUCAAGUUAUCUCAGAAAUGAAGUAUUUAGAUAUGUUCAUUCGAGAAACUCUUCGUAUGUAUCCAAUCUCACCAAGUAUAAUUAAUCGGCAGAAUACCGAGGAAUUUCACAUUGACAAUGUCGGCACUAUUCCUGUUGGUACUAUUAUCACUGCUAAUAUUUAUAGUUUGCACUUUAAUCCUGAUCUUUGGGGUCCAGUAGGUCCUCACACAUUCUAUCCGGAACGAUUUGCUACCAAGCGACAUCCACUCGCAUGGAUUCCAUUCGGUGCUGGACCGCGAAACUGUGUUGGAAUGCGAUUUGCAUUGAUGGAAAUGAAAAUAGUGCUCAUUCGACUUCUUAGAAUCUAUUCAAUUAUCGACUGUGGCCAACAGACUCAUCAGCCAUUCAAAGAACUUGAAGAAUUUAUGGUUAUUUCGCCUAAAAAAGCUCUGGUCCGUUUACAACUUCGAGNGGAAUCGACUUUAAAAAAACUGGUCGGACAAAAGUUUGCUCUCGCUAAGACCUUUAAAACAAAAAAAAACAUUGCUUUAUAG